AUGUACGAGUAUGAAAAGAAGUAUGAAGAGUGCUGCUUGCUUUGUCAGAACUGUAGAAAAGGAUUUCAUGGAUUGGCGGUAGCUGCACCGCCGGAACGUUUCUUGGUGAACGGGAAAGAUGGAGAGUAUUAUUCUGGAUAUGGGUUUUUUCCAUUAGGUUAUUCUGGGAAUGGUUUGUUUAGUGACAAGAAAGAGCUAGCUGGGGGAGAUAUUGGGAAAAGGCAUGAUGUUGUGGAGAUUUCUGAUGAUAGUGAUGAUGAGAAGAAGGAAAUGGAUGUGAAAAAUGAGGCUGGUAAAGUGAAAGCAGAAGGUUUGAGCAAUGGUGAAGGAAGGGGUGUAAUGAAGAAAGUAAAAUCCGUGCCGAGGAAUACAAAGAAAAUGAUGGGGAGAGGGGUAAAGCGGACGAUUGAGAAGGUGAGGGUUGUGGAAGUGAAUGUGGAGUUUGAGAAUGGAUUUGCAGAUAUUGAUUGUGGAAGUGAUGGAGGAAUAAGGUUUGGAAGUGGAAGUGAUCAGAAUGGUGGUUGUAACGAGGAUGACUUAGAGUUCUUUGAGGGAGAUGAUGAUAUAUAUGUUGGUUUAAGGGAUAGUUGUUGA